AUGAGCAGUCCUGAAAGGCCGCCUCCAUUGCAUGCCUCGACCUUUCAUACCGUAAAUCAAGAUUUGUGGGGGGGCUCCAGGGUGUACGUGUUUGGUAUUGCCACAGAUAUAUCAUUCGCACCUGAUCGGUAUCUGAGAGAUCACUCUCUUCCUCCUUAG